CUGAGUCCUGACCACCACCUGGCCCCGGAUGGCUCAGGGUGACAUGGCCUUCUUCUCCAGGCCCUCCUCUGCCGCCGUCAAGAUAGUCGCUCCUUCCACUCAGGACCCACCGAGCCCACGGUCGGCCUCUAAGAAGGACUCGACCCAGCGGCAGUGUAGAAAUAUUCUCAUUUAUGGAUCCUGUAAAUUCCAAGACAAAGGCUGUAUCUAUUACCAUCCUCCUGCCCGCGACGAUUCUUCGCCUGUACCACCUGAUUCCCCUGUCCCGAGUGCAGCGCUCCCGGCCCAGGCUGUUAACGCACCUGUAUUCGUCCCAAAGACCGUCUCCCCGGAGAGCCCUGUGCCUGUUCACGCGGUCCCGUCGCAGUUCUCGAUAGCCCCUUCAUCGCCCGAAUUGCCGCCGGACCACCAGUUCGACUACCAGGAGCAAGACGACCUCUUCGACCCGUUCGCGUACAACGGCACGAACGGCGACAACUUCAGCGAUGGUUCCCAUAGCAUGGCGAACCCGUACGCAAACGAUCCUGCGAUGAUGGGCUUCGAUGGGGAUCCGCUGUACUCUUCUCAGUUUACCUUUGCUCAGCAGCCGUUAAAUUACCAUCUGUACACACAACCCCGGCCCGAGAACUUGGCUCACCGGUUCUUCAUAUCCGACACCGUGCGCGAGGAGCUGCAGAAACGCGCAGAAACGCUGUACAACUCGCCCGCGCACGGGCUGAAUCUGCCGGAGGAGCUGCAGGGAUACCAUUCUCUGUUCCCCCUGGAAGCAACGGCUGGCGAGCGGCGCAAGUUUGGGCAAUGGUACUCGACGAUGUAUCGCGCGACGAAUUCUACGGACGGAUUGUCCUACGCGCUGCGGCGCAUCGAGAAUUUUCGCUUGAUGCAGCAAGCGGCGUUCAGCGGGAUCGAAGCGUGGUCCCGUAUCCGACACCCGAACAUUAUCGCCGUGCGCGAGGCCUUCACGACGCGUGCCUUUGGCGACAACUCGCUGGUCGUCGUGUACGACUACCACCCGAACGCGCGCACGCUGUACGAGGCGCACAUCAAGCCAAAGGCGCCGCAGUACCAGAACGGCCGGCUGAUGACGCAGAGCCCGCGCCUGGCAGAGAGCACAAUCUGGUCAUAUGUGAUCCAGAUCGCGCGGGCGAUCAAGACGGUCCACGACACGGGCCUCUCCAUGCGCAUCACUGACGCGACGAAGGUGCUCGUCACUGGCCAGAACAGGGUCCGGAUCAGCUCAUGCGGCGUGGUGGACGUGCUGAUGUACGAUGCGCGCGCACCCGAUUUCGCAAUCCUGCAGCAGGAGGACUUGAUGAUGUUCGGGAAGCUCGUGUUUGCGCUCUGCACGAACAACCUGGCGGCGAUGAACAACUUUGCGAAGGCAGUCGAGAACGUCGGGCGGCACUACUCCGCGGAGCUGAAGGCGGUCGCGCUCUUCCUCGUCUCGAAACCCGCACCGAACAAGACAAUUGGUCAUUUGUUUGAGAUGUUCGGCGGGCGGAUGCUCGCGGAGAUGGAUGAGAUGCAGAAUACUGUCGAUCGCCUCGAGAGCGAGCUGAUGAGCGAGCUCGAGAACGCGCGUCUCGUGAGGUUGCUCUGCAAGUUCGGGUUCAUCAACGAACGACCUGAGUUUGCGCGGGAGCCGAGGUGGUCUGAGACGGGGGACAGGUAUAUCAUCAAGCUGUUCCGUGACUAUGUCUUUCACCAGGUGGACGAGCAUGGUAAUCCUGUGGUCAAUAUGCCGCAUGUCCUGACGUGUUUGAACAAGCUGGACGCCGGUAGCGAGGAGCGGAUUAUGCUUGUGUCUCGGGACGAACAAAGCUGCCUGGUUGUGAGUUACAAGGAGGUCAAGUCCUGUAUCGAUUCCGCAUUCAGCGAGCUUUCCAGGCGCUGACGAGGGAAGAUAAACAUCGCACAGAAAAUAGCUAGAAUCAGAAAAAGACGCAGAAAUACAGACAAAAGUGACGAUUCGGUUUUUCCUCACACACGGCCUUGCAUUGCAUGCUCCCGAUCUGCUACCAUAUUGACGAUAAGUCUGCCUCCGAGUCUCCUGACUGUUGGGGUCGUGGUGCGCGCAUGGAUCACUUCAUUCUCCGUGUGUUCGCUCUCAUUAGUGUGC